CGGGCUUAUUAGAGCGCUAUCGCAGCGUCUUUUUUUAGUGCAAUGUUCUCUGCUCAGCAGCCGGGCCCUCCGCCGCCCAAUCAGCCCGGAGCACCGGCUGGACUCAUGUCUACUCCGCCCGGGGCCAAGAACCCUAGCAGCACCUUAGUGGACGAUUUAGAGUCUUCCUUUGAGGCUUGUUUUGCCUCACUUGUCAGUCAAGAUUAUGUAAAUGGUACAGAUCAGGAAGAAAUUAGAACUGGAGUUGAGCAGUGUAUCCAGAAGUUUCUAGAUGUCGCUAGACAAACGGAAUGUUUCUUCCUGCAGAAAAGGUUACAGCUUUCUGUUCAGAAACCUGAGCAGGUUAUUAAAGAGGAUGUUUCUGAGCUUAGAAAUGAGCUGCAACGUAAGGAAGCUCUUAUACAGAAACACCUGACAAAACUCCGGAGCUGGCAACAGGUAUUAGAAGAAAUAAAUGGGCAACAUAAAAAGACAAGUGAGAUGCCACAGGGGCCACUGGCUUACUUGGAACAAGCUUCGGCCAAUAUCCCCGCACCCAUGAAGCCAACCUGAUAGAAAUGGACUGACGGGUUAGACCAGGGCCAAUGUGGAAGUCAAGAGAAGAAUCGGGACCUGCAUUUGCUAAUUAUGGUUCUUCGUUUGUUAUAAAAUAUUCUGGCUUUGUAUAUAAUUGAAUUAAAAACUUUUUUUUUUUUUUAAA